CGCUCCGCCAACUUCUAAUAAAUAAAGAAAACCCCGAUUUCAACGACAGUACAACAGAUAAAUGGGUAUCAGCUAUGCAUUAUUCAUUACUGGUAAUCCUGGUGUCGGCAAGAGCUACAUCGCCAACAACCUAGGCGCAAGCUUCCUCUCGGGGUUCGCAUUACAUGGUGGAGGCGUGACGACAAACAUCCAGAAAGAAGAAGUGACGAUUAAUGGGGAACAUGUCCUCCUCGUGGAUGCCCCUGGACUGGUGGAGGUCGACCUAGUGGCAACACGACGAAAUGCGCAAAUGAUCUCUGAGGCAUUGAGGAUCGGACAUAAUAUCCCUUGCAAACUUGCACUCAUUGUUGCAGACCACAAUGGAAGGAUCCAGCAAGCUGAUAUGCUCCUGAUAAGGAAGAUUCAUGAAGCAUUGACCCCCAAGUUCGACAUCCUGUUGAUUGUAAAUCAAGUCAAGCGACGGAAUAUACGGCACUACACAUCCGAUGAAUGUCUUAACAGCUUAGUCAAUACAAUCAACUCCAUUACAGGAACGAGCGUCGAUAGAGAGCGGUUGGUGGUCAUACCAGAGGAUGAAGGUGGCUGGCCAAAUAUGGAGCCCAUGAAACAAAAACUACAAUGGAUGUCAAAGAACACUGUGCGCAAUGUCCAAAACAUCACUGUUUCGAAUGAAGAGUUCGCUUCUGUUGGAGAACAGAUUCUUUUUUACACUUUUGCCGUUGUAGCAGCUCUCACCUCUCCGAUUUGGGGGAUCCCUUAUCUCAUCGUCAAAGCUUUUAAAUAAUUACCGAGAUACGAAUGGAUCCUUAGCUAUUAGGGUCACUUUGAAUUUGAUGUCACCGCUAUUAUUGCUGCUAAAGAGGGUUGAAGGCGUUCUCGCAAUGAAGAAGAGAAAACUCCACUCUUCAUAUUGAUUUUCAUUGGAGAGUAAAAUUGCGAUCAUUAGGCCCACACGGUGAUCAGGAACAUCGUUUUCUGCUGUUGAUGCACAUCGGAACCUCUGAUGAGGGAAGAAUGGGGAAAUGAGAAUGAGCAUUCAUCUUCACAUUGGGAUGAUUCUCAUGUGAUCUCGGGCCACAAAAAUGGACCAAGUGUGAAGGAUCCGAGAGCCAGGACUCCUUUCCUUCUGAC